CGCUUGCCUUACCAGAUGAGCUUCUCCUCCUCUAGGGAAUAGGGUUCUCUGUGACCGUUCUGGCUCUCUCUUGAAAUGAAGCAGUGGAAAAUGCGAUUGCCGUCCAGCUGGAACCCUUGUCUUAGUCACCACGUUUUACCAUGCAGCUGGAACUGCUAUUGGUAUUGCAGUGGUUUUACAGUGCUGGGAACCCUCCCUCUGGAGGAGGGACAUUCCCCUCGUCAUCUUCGGAUUCCUUUCUCCUCGUGUAAAAGUACCGCAUUUUCGCGAAGGUGCUGCGCGCGUUUCUCUCAUGUAACUUAUCUAAUCAUGUCUGUCGAAGUUCGUACCUGAGCCUGAGGCGCCUGACGAAACGGACAAGACCCUUCUUCUCAAAUCGGCGUUUAAUCAUGGAGACUUGUGCUCGAAACCCAAAUUGUGUCGAUUUCCAGUGAGAGACGAGAAGAAGCAUUUCAAAACAACAAUGAAGUGUGGAUUAACCACAACACACUGUUGAAGUGGAUUUAAGCUGCACAGCACCCGAUGCUCCUGUUACAGGAAGUUCUGGCAAACUGGAUUUUCCAGGUGUUUCAAACCAAUGUCCUUGACACAAGAUAAGCACAACCCGUGGAGGACUGCGUGUAUCGUAGGCCAAGCGAGUCACACCCGCACACCGCUACUGUCCCGUUUUGCUCGCUAAGCUCUCCGAGACAACAAUGAAGAAGGUGGACGAGUGGUCAGAGGAGGAGGUCGCCCGCUGGUUGACCGAGCAGGGCCUUCAGGAGUACUCGGAGCCCUUCCGGGACCUGAAUGGUCAAGGCCUCCUGCUGCUGACCGCAGCAGACUUCAAGAGCCCCCCUUUGUCCCUCGUCUCCUCGGAUGGCGGGGCGCAGCUCCUGGACAAACUGGAGACGCUGAGGAUUGAGCGCCACAUGGAAGCACACAAGAAUGGGCACGCCAAUGGUCACGCGACCCUGGUGGGUCCCGGCCUGGACAGCAUUGGCAAGGUCAGGAGAAACGGCACCCUUAAUGGCUUCCGCAAGGAUAUGGUACAGAUUGCCAUACCUGAGCCAGAGAGGUCUCCCUACCCAGCUGAGUGGGGACGGACCGCCGUGGCAUUCGCCUAUGCGUUGUCCUGCUUUGUGUCUACCACGGUGAUGAUCUCAGUGGUCCACGAACGCGUGCCCCCCAAAGAGACUUCUCCACCACUGCCUGACAAGUUCUUUGACUUUUUUGAUAGAGUUGAGUGGGCUUUCUCCAUAUGUGAGAUAAAUGGGAUGAUGCUGGUUGGCCUGUGGCUGCUGCAGUGGGUGUUACUUAAACACAAGUCCAUCAUCGGGCGGCGGUUCUUCUUCAUUGUUGGCACACUCUACCUGUACAGGUGUAUCACUAUGUACAUUACUACUCUGCCCGUACCAGGCAUGCAUUUUAAGUGUUCUCCCAAGCUCUUCGGGGACUGGGAAUCCCAAAUGCGCCGUGUGAUGAAAAUGAUUGCGGGCGGUGGCCUGUCGAUCACUGGCUCCCACACCAUGUGUGGGGACUAUCUGUACAGUGGCCACACGGUUAUGUUAACCCUCACCUAUCUCUUCAUCAAAGAGUAUUCUCCAAAAAAGUUCUGGUGGUACCACUGGAUCUGCUGGGCUCUCAGCGCUGUGGGAAUCUUCUGCAUUCUUCUCGCGCACGACCACUACACUGUGGAUGUGGUGGUUGCGUACUAUAUCACUACACGCCUCUUCUGGUGGUACCACACCAUGGCCAACCAGCAAGCCCUGAAAGAGACGUCGCAGAGCAACUUCUUCUCGCGGGUGUGGUGGUAUCGACUUUUCCAAUACUUGGAACAGAACGUCCACAGCACCGUUCCCCGGAGCUACCAGCUGCCCUUCUCCUGGCAACGGGUGCAGCGGAGCCAAGUGAAGUACAGCCGUCUGGACACACAGUGACAAGCCCCCCCACACCCCGCCCUGGGUUGGAAGGGGUGCCGGACGUGAUUGCCCAAAGUGCUUCAAUCCAACUACAAGAAGAUGCCCCACCGAAUCAGUCGUGGUGACCCUCCUUCCAGUUAAUGUUCUCCUCUGACAUGUGCCAGUCCAACUGGCCAGCACUGUGACUUACUCUCCAAAGCAUUUAAUUUGGAACAGACCAGAGUGUAUUCUGAAAGCACUACUUUUAUUAUUUAUUUUUAUUUUUUGUAUUUUUCAGUUAACAAGUGCUUCAUGGUGUAUCUUGCAAGCAUUGUGACUUUUUUUGGCUCCCUCCGUUACUGAUUUGUUGUUUCUUACAGAGCAUCGUAAGAGGCCUGCUAACCGGGUCUAAAGCCAUUUCUCCCCAAAUUCAAGGUCUACUCUUCACCAAGUCAUGUUGUUUCUAACAGGAAGUGAAAAUUACUGCAAACUGAAGUUCGAUGUGUAGUCUUUUUUUUAAAUAAUUAGCAUUUUUGUAACUUUCCUCGCUCUCUAAAUGUGGCAAAGAUGCAAAAAGAUUUUUCUAAGUAUUUCACAGGUUUAUUUUUCAAACUAAUGUUGUUAAAAAAAACUUUUAGAUUUUUACAUUUGAAAUGAAAGCAAACAGACAAAUCUAAAGUGGUAUUUAAUGUUUUAUAGUGCCUUUCCCGUCUUGAUUGUACAGUUCGCUGACAUUAUCAUCUAUGUGUUUGUUUCGAUGACAAUGUAAAGUGGUACAUCUUUAUUUUUUGGCUUGAACUGUAGAUGAAGCGCAUCUGAAUUGGAAAGCAGUUGGCCCACGGUUCGCUUUCCGCAUGUGUAAAUGAAGGAUGACAGCCCACAAACUGUUGUAUUCCAUUCUCUGAAUGUAUGACUUAUUUUAGCCUUAGAAGUAUCUUUCCAAGGCUGUUAAGCUGGCAAAAAUGGUCAUGUUUAGAUGUUCUAUAUUGUAUUUAUUUCUCAUGAUCAUGGGGAAAUCGUUUUGAAUUCAUCAUGUUGGGGAGGAUUUCCGAUGUUCUCUUGAUCCUGAAUUCUGUCUAUACCAAAUAGCAGUGUAGUUUGGGCUCUCUGCCCGAGCACAGCUCCAAGCGACCGCAGGUUCUUGGCCAUGUCGUUGCUUGGAGAUGUUCUGAAGGUGUCCUGUUUGGUUGCUGGCACCUGCAUGCCUGACAAGAAGAUUGUGACACCCUCCCUCUCCCCACCCCUCCACCGAAAUAACCUUUCCAGCCUAUACCUCAGAACUCUCCCGCGCAGCAAACCAUCCAACGAGACGAGCUGCUAUUCGCUGUGUAAACCGUUGGACAAAAGAAAACAUGUCUUGUAGGAAAUAAAUGGAACAACCUCGGCACACCUUGCCAUGCCUGACUGAAGUCCAAGUUUAUGAAAUGUACCCCAAAACUUUAUCCUUGACACUUUUAGUUUUGUCCAUUUCUUUGUCUUAAUCGGGUUAGACUGUAAAUUGCUUGGAGCGGUCCAGAGAAUUCUGCAUUUUAUGUAUGUGUGAAUAUAGUCAAAUGCCGUGGCCUGGCUGACAUUUUUUCGUGUAAUUCAGCUUGUGCUAUUUCAUUUGGCAGAUAAAUUUUAGACAAAUAUUCCAGUAGGUCCUGUGAUUUAUGUUAAGUAUUAACUAAAUAAGUCAGAUUGACGAAAAAUAGGAAGAGCCUUCCCUACCUGAGAACCUGUAGGUAUCAGUACUACUUGUAAUUGGAGUGCUUUCAUAGUAUUUUACUGCCCUGGUGGAAUAUUUAACUGAUUACAUUGUUGUAUUUAGGUUUUUUUUUUUUUUUUUUUUUUUUUUUUCCUUCCUUUUUCCACUUGUUUAUGCACACAUUUCCUGAAGGUCUUGGAAUGACCUUAUUCUUGACUUUUGAGUAUUUUCCUUCGGGGUCAACUGGCAAUGCCAAAAACUCUUGAUCAACUUUAGUAUUCCCCCCCCCACAGAGAGUAUCUCCAUGCAUCGUGGUUGUGACUGAAAACUUGUCUUUUUGACCACCUUUUUGACCUUGGGUCUUGUGUUCCUAAUCACUUUAUGGGUUGUCCCCACAUGAUACAGCCCUGUCAGUUGAGCAUCUUUGAGGUCUUCCUCUAGAUUCUGGCAAAUGCACAUCUGUGACCUAGCUUCAUUUUAAAAAUUUGAUUGUUUAAUUCAGUUUCUUCAGAUGGGACCAGACAUGGGACAUUUGGACUGAAAAUGUGAAUGCCUUCUAGUGGGGUCUAACUUUUUUUUUAAU